UGUACUCACUUCCGGGUUCCGUGGGCACACGUGAUAAUUCACCGACAUGCUCAUGCUUUAUGGUGAACUAGGAGACUGGGAAACACUCUGAUUGAUCGUUGUCUGAAGUGCUUCAUAUAAUACGCUGAAUUAUAAGGGACCACAUAAACAGCUGUCAUCGGAACGGUACCCGACCCUCUAAAGAGAAGAUGGAAGUGAAGGAGCACAAGAAGCACAAUAAGAAGCAGAGUGGGCCGCAGGCAGAAAGGAAGAAGUAUCGCAAGGAGGUGGCGGCAUCGGAGAAGGAUGAGAGGAAGCGGAACCCCAAGGCGUUUGCAGUUCAGUCUGCCGUGCGCAUGGCCCGCACGUUCCACAGAGCUCAGGACCUGAAGACAAAGAAACACCACAUCCCUCAGGUGGACCGAUCCCCCCUGGAGCCUCCGCCAGUGGUGGUGGUUGUGGUAGGACCCCCACGGGUGGGGAAAAGCACCCUCAUUCGCUGCCUGAUUAAAAACUUCACCCGGCAGAAACUCAGUGAUAUCUGCGGUCCAAUCACCAUCGUCUCAGGAAAGAAGCGGCGACUGACCUUCAUUGAGUGUGGGAACGACAUCAACACAAUGAUAGACUUGGCCAAGGUGGCCGAUCUGGUGCUGAUGUUGAUAGACGCCAGUUUCGGUUUCGAGAUGGAGACCUUUGAGUUCCUGAACAUCUGCCAGGUGCAUGGCUUCCCCCGUGUUAUGGGCAUUCUCACCCACCUGGACUCCUUUAAAAACAACAAGACCCUGCGCAAGACCAAAAAGUGCCUCAAACACCGCUUCUGGACCGAAGUCUACCAGGGGGCCAAGUUAUUUUAUCUGUCAGGCAUGGUGCACGGGGAGUACCAGACUCAGGAGGUGCGGAAUCUUGGCCGCUUCAUAUCGGUCAUGAAGUUCCGCCCGCUGGUGUGGCAGACCUCACACCCCUACGUGCUGGCAGACCGUAUGGAGGACCUGACCGACCCCGAGGCUUUGAGAGUGGACCCAAAAUGCGACCGCACCGUCUGUCUCUACGGAUACUUGCGUGGAACAUACCUGAAGAACAAGUCCCAGGUCCAUAUUCCAGGCAUGGGUGAUUAUGGCGUGUCGGACAUCAGCUUCCUGCCAGACCCGUGCCCGCUGCCAGAGACUCUGAAGCGGCGUGCUCUAAAUGAGAAAGAGCGCCUGCUCUACGCCCCCAUGGCUGGUGUUGGGGGUGUUGUGUAUGACAAGGAUGCUGUUUACAUCGACCUGGGUGGCAGUCAUGCCCAGCAGCAACAGGAGGAGGUUCGGCCCACUACAGAGCUAGUCCAGUCCCUUAUUGGGACGCACGCCACACUGGAUGCCAAGAUGGCCGCCAGCAAAGUGUCGUUGUUCACGGGUGCGGCCGCUCUGACACCAGAGGAGAUACAGGGCGUGGGAGAGCACCCCACUCCACAGGAGAGUGAGGUUUGGGACCCAGUUAACCAGAGAGUGAGGAGGAGGGCUGUAUUCACUGAGGGAGAGGAGGAGGAUGAGAAAGAGGGAGAGAGUGAGGAGGAGGAAGAGGGCAAAAUUGAGAGAGGAGAAGAGGGAGAGAGUGAUGGAGAGAAUGAGGAAGAGAGCAAUGGAGAGAGUGAUGGGGAAAGUGAAGAAAAGAGAGAAAAGAGGCUGGUGGAGGAUCAGCAGAAAGAGGAAGCUCCACCUGCGAAGAGGCAGAAAGGGGAAAAGGCAGGGUGGGGCCUGGAGAAGACUGUAAAGUCAGAGUCAAAAAUAGAGGUCCUGGCCUUCGCUGACAGCGAUGAUGACCUGGAGGCGAGCGAGGAAGAGGAGACUGAAGGAGAGACUGACAGUGAGGAGGAGGAGGAGGAGGAAGACGAGGAGGAGGAAAGGGAAGUAGGGGGUCGUGGAGCAGCUGACUCUGGACAUUGUUCUGAGGAAGAUGAAGAUGAGGAAGAGUCAGAGAGCUCCGAUAUGGAGGAAGAGUUCACCCUUCCUAAAGCUACCCACAGUGAGGUCAAAAGACCAAAGGUCUCUCCCCAACCAGAGGAGGAAGAAGGGGAGGAUGAUGAUGAUGAUGAGAUUGAGGUGUCUGUAGGAGCCCUGCAGUGGAAGGAGGGACUGGCACAGAAGGCAGCGGAAGCAUUCGUACGGCAACAGGCUGCCACCCCUAACCUGCGCAAACUGGUGUAUGGCACAGUGGUACAGAAUGAAGAGGAUGAUGAGGGUGAGGAGGAGUUGGGGGGGCUGUUCAGAGUCAGCCGCCCAGAGAAGAGCAAACGAGAGCGUGCCGAUGCCCUAGACUGCUCACGCUUCGCCCCUGACACCAGUGAUGACUGGGACCAGGAACAGAUGCUGGACUCCAUCAGGGACUGCUUUGUGACGGGAACAUGGGAGGGAGAUAAAGAUGCUGCCACGCUUCUGAAGGAGGAUGAGGAGCUGUAUGGAGACUUUGAGGAUUUGGAGACUGGAGAGGUGCACAAGGGGAAUUCUGGGAAGGUAGAGGUAUACCCUGAUGAGGAGGAGAGUGGAGAGGAAGAAGAGGAACAGGAGCCAUUGAUGAAGACCGAUAAAGAGGAAGACCAGAAGAAGAAGCGGCUUGAGAAGAAAAGGCGCUUGAAGGAGCGCUUUGAUUCAGAGUACGACGAUGGAGAUGCCACCUACUUUGAUGACCUGAAGGAGGAGAUGCAGAAGCAGGCUGAGCUGAACCGGGCAGAGUUUGAGGAUGUGGAUGAUGAAACACGGGUCCAGUACGAGGGAUUCCGGCCUGGGAUGUAUGUGCGCCUGGAGAUCCCCACUCUGCCUUGCGAGUUUGUUUCCAACUUUGACCCCCACUAUCCCAUCAUCCUCGGUGCCCUGGGGUCCAGCGAGGGCAAUGUGGGAUACUUACAGAUGAGAUUGAAGAAGCACCGUUGGCACCAGCGAAUCCUGAAGACGCGCGAUCCCCUCAUCCUGUCGCUUGGGUGGCGCCGUUUCCAAACCAUCCCGCUGUACUAUAUUGAAGACCACAACGGGCGGCACCGCCUUCUGAAAUACACGCCCCAGCACAUGCACUGCGGUGCCACCAUCUGGGGACCAAUUACUCCCCAGGGGACUGGAUUUCUGGCUGUCCAAUCUGUGUCAGGUACUCAGGCAAGUUUCCGCAUUGCUGCCACGGGUGUGGUGCUGGACCUAGACAAAUCGGUGACCAUUGUGAAGAAGUUGAAGCUCAUUGGCUAUCCACAUAAAAUCUACAAGAACACGGCAUUCAUCAAGGGAAUGUUUAAUUCGGUGCUGGAGGUGGCAAAGUUUGAAGGGGCGUCUGUCCGGACAGUCAGCGGGGUCAGAGGUCAGAUCAAGAAAGCGCUACGGACCCCACCUGGGGCUUACCGGGCCACUUUUGAGGACAGGCUGCUGAUGAGUGAUAUUGUGUUCCUGCGGUCCUGGUACCCGGUGUCGGUGCCACAGCUCUAUAACCCCGUCACCUCCUUGCUGCAGCCCGUGGGCCAGAAGGACACCUGGAUGGGUAUGCGGACGCUUGGGCAGAUCAAACAGGAUCUUGGCGUGCGGAACAAGCCCAACAAGGACUCCCUGUACAAGCCUGUGGUGAGGACAAGGCGGCACUUCAACCGCCUGCACAUACCUAAGCAGCUGCAGAAAUCCUUACCCUUCAAGAGCAAACCCAAGCAAGACCAGCCCAAGGGCCGCACCCCCCGAGACCUACAGAGACCCGCUGUGAUCCGGGAGCCCCACGAGAGGAAGGUGGCCUCGUUGCUGGCAGCCCUGAGCACUGUGCACUACGAACGGAGAAAGAAAGCGCGGACGCAGAAGCACACCCAGCAUAAGGAGUUCCUUCAGGAGAAGGAGCGUGAGGGAGCAGAGAGAGAGAAACGGCACAAGGAGGCGCGCAAGAAAAUGUAUUGCAUGCUCGGGCAGCAGGAGAAGAAGAGGCAGCGGUCCAGCCUGAAGGGCGCCCCCCAGGAUGACUGAGCGUGACCGCCUGUUGACCUCACACAGGAAAGGGUGGGGGAGAAGUGUGGAGUGCCGUGUGACUCAUCCUGAUGGAUGUCUCAGCGCGUUUGUCUGCUCCGCCCAUCUACAUCCGGACGUCACUGACCGUCAUUGCGGCUUGUUUGUUCUGCCAUUGGGAAACUCUGCGGCGCCCAACAGCACUGCCACUCUGAUCGAGUGAGUGUGUGCGUCUGUGUGUGUGCGUGUGUGUGCGUGUUUGUGUGUGUGUAUGUGUAUGAUGGCCUGAAACUCUGUAUUCACUUCCUAAAAGAAUAUAUCUCUGGUCAUUGUUAGGACAAAUGCUGAUUUUAUCGUUUUUCCUUUAAGCAAAGUAAGCAAAUAAAUGUUUCUCCUUUUUUAAA